GUAAAAAUGUAACUUCACUCUCAUCCAUUUUCUUCACAGAAAUGAAUAGAAAUGAACCUACCUCCCCCCAACAGUUUCUUCUUUCUCAUUUCCGUUUCCAUCUCCACUUUCUUUCUCUCUAUCCAAUUUCUUCAAGAACUCAAAUUUUCGAUUGCUCAGACGCGCUCUGCUUCAGAAAGAAAUUUACAGGAAAAAAAUAUGUCUUCACCAAGCAAAAGAAGGGAUAUGGAUGUCAUGAAAUUAAUGAUGACAGAUUACAAAGUGGAAACAGUUGAUGAUUCAGUCACCCAAUUCUUUGUUGAAUUCAAUGGUCCUCCAGACAGUUUGUACAGUGGAGGAGUAUGGCGAGUUAGAGUUGAAUUACCAGAUGCAUACCAAUACAAAUCUCCAUCCAUCGGCUUCAUCAACCGCAUUUAUCAUCCAAACAUCGAUGAAAUGUCCGGUUCAGUAUGUCUUGAUGUCAUUAACCAGACAUGGAGCCCCAUGUUCGAUUUAGUGAACAUCUUUGAGGUGUUUCUGCCUCAGCUCUUGCUAUACCCCAACCCUGCUGACCCAUUGAAUGGCGAAGCUGCUGCAUUGAUGAUGCGAGACCGUCCCGUUUAUGAGCAAAAGGUCAAAGAACACUGUUUGAAGUAUGCAAAACCAGAGGAUUUAGAAAACAAGCAAGCAGAUGAUGAGGAAAGUGACGACGAUGACUAUGAAAACUAUAAGACUAGUGACGACGAAAUGGAAGUCGAAGGCCUCUGAUUAAUCAAGGAAAAAAUAUUAUUCUGUAAAUAGUAUCAUUAUCAUGUUCAUUUAUGAUUUAGACAAAAUCGAUCAACUAUGUUUAUGCAAUUAAUCAAAAAAUGUAAAUAUUCUCCCCUUGUUUGUGUGCAACAUUUUUUUUUUAUUUUCUUUUUGCUUCUACCAAACUCUAUGAAUAAAAAGACAUUUCCAACCGGAUAAGUUGGUGUU